AUGUAUGUCCACCAGAAAACCCUGAUGAACUCUGUCCCAUCCAACUCCGAAUGGACACUGGAAGGCGUGUUUGUCACAUCGAUUAACAUGACUACAUAUAGCUUCGUAAUCAACUCAGUCAGUUUUUCUAUGAGAAGAAAAUCCACGUUUUACGUCAUGAACGUCAUCUUCCCAAUGCUGCUGCUGUCGGUUUUGAACGCAUGCGCAUUCUUACUUCCAACGGAGUCUGGCGAAAAGAUUUCGUUCCUGAUCUCGAUUCUCGUGUCGUAUGCCGUGUUCCUUAACUACAUCACUGAGGUGAUGCCGAAGUCUGAAAUGCCGUCCAGAAUGGCCAUCUACUUAGUCCUGGUUCUCACUCAGAGUUGUCUGGCUAUUGUUGUAACACUAGGGGUCCUGAAUGUCCACCAUUAUGGAGCACCAUGUCAAAGGGUGACCCGUGUUCCAAACAAAACAUCCGUUGACCCAGACAACCCAGUGAAAGACAAGACCGCUGAUGACUUCACAACCCAAAAGGUCCGAUCUGUCGACAGGAAAAUGUUUCUGGUGUUCCUAGUGUUGGCAGUGUUGUCUGUCUCGAUAUUCUGGUUUUGA